AUGGCGUGUGCACCGUUCCUGGCCAUCCGAACGCUGCGGCAACUCUGUGCGGACGAAGGGGCGCAGUUUCCUCAAGGGGCCACAGCACUUCGGCGAGAUUGCUACGUCGACGACGUAGUCACCGGAGCGGACGACCUCGGCGAUGCCGUCAACCUCCAGACAGAGCUGCGCAAUCUCUGCAUGGCGGGCGGAUUUCCGCUGAGGAAGUGGGCUUCAAACAAUCCGGACGUCCUCAGCGGAGUCCCACAGGAGCACCAGCUGCAGCAAGGACCACAUUCCUGGGACGACGAGAGCCAUUCGACCUUGGGUCUGCGAUGGCAUCCUCAAGAAGACCGGUUUGCCUUCGCCAUACAUCCUCGUGUAGUCAGCGAGUUUACGAAGCGACGAGUCCUCGCAGAGACUGCACGGCUGUUUGACCCGAUGGGCUGGCUCGCACCUGUCGUGAUUCGGGCGAAGAUCCUGAUCCAGACCACCUGGCUUCAGCAACUCGACUGGGACACUCUACUACCUGCCAAGGACGUCAAACGUUGGCAACAGCUGCUGAACCAGCUACCUCUGCUCAGCAACAUACGGGUGAAUCGCUGGCUCAGCACCGACAGCGAUUACUCCACGUUGCAGAUCCACGGCUUCGCAGAUACAUCAGAGCGAAGAUAUGCUGCCGCCGUUUACAUCCGCAACUCUGGAAAGAAACAAAUCACAAUCAAUUUAAUCAUGGCGAAAUCCAAAGUCGCGCCCGUCAAGCCAGUUUCGUUGCCUCGCCUUGAACUGUGCGCUGCUGUGCUACUCACCACGUUGACGUUGCAUAUCCGAAACACCCUCGGCUUGACAUCAACUCCAGUGCACCUGUGGUCCGAUUCCAAGGUCACUCUCCAUUGGAUCCAGGGACACGCCGCUCGCUGGAAAACGUUCGUCGCCAACCGGGUGGCUCACAUCCAGACUCAGCUCCCGGACGCUCAGUGGAGACACGUGGAAGGACAAUCCUGCAGAUUGCGCAUCACGAGGAAUUAA